AUGAAUUUUGCCGCAGCAGCUUUGACAACACCACGAAGCUCGAGUCCCGUCAUCAAUAGCAGUACCAGCUCCAGUUCCAGCUCAAGCACAAAAUCCUACCACAGCACUGUUCGAUUUUACUCUCUGAACACGCCCUCUGCCACGUCCAGACGAACUCCUCUCGAGACUGAACGUACUGAACAACCUAAACCUAAUCUCCCAGACACCGAGUACUACCGCAAAACAUUCUCCGUCCAACUCUCCCGCGGAACCUGGCUGGCGCACGAGAUUUCCAACGACCAAGUCAUCAACGGGAUUCCCACCGUCGGCUACGUGAACGAAUUCAACCAACCUCUCCCUUCAAUCGUCGGACCUGACAUCCAGCUCACACUAGCGACACUCGACACCAUCUCUUGUAUCGGAGAGACCAACGACGAAGACUCGAUGAUGAAUCUCAGCCAAGUAUUUUAUCUUCGGGGUCCACGAAAGGGCCAGCUGCACGACGCCUAUGCGUGGAUUGCUCUUCGAGAAGACGGCGAGAAUCGAUUUGCCAUGUCCCGUCGAGCGCGGAACCGUCUCGUUCCCAGGUGGAAAGAUCUCGUUCACGGAUGGGAGGAGUUUGAUGAAAGUGUGACGGAUGCGUGCCAUGAGCUCCAGCGAGUUUCGGCGCGGACGAUUGCGGAGACGAUUUAUUGUCUGAAGGAAUUGGGGGCGGAGGAGGAGAUUGAGCUUUUGCGGGGAAAUGUCGAGGAGAUGGUUGAUAGGGAGAAUCUUCGAGGUCAUCCGCGGAAAGAACUGGUUGAGUCGGCUCGGGAGGUGCUGCUUGCGGCGAGUGCUUUUGAGGAUGUUAUUGGGAAGCUUCAACGUGCGGCAGAGAAGAGAAUGUUGUGA